AUGGUCGAGGCAUUUGCCGAGGUCCGUAAGGCCAGUGCUAAGGAUGUUGAUGCUCCGCCAGGGUCGGAUGGGUUGUUGUUCCAGGGUGACACUGAAACUCCCAUUGUGGAAUACUUGCGGUUCUUGAACGUUCAGAACCUCGAUCGGGUGGUCGAUGUGCUCAUGGCCAACGACACCCACUCGCACAAAUUAUUUUGGCCGGGUUUGUCUCUUGCCCGACCAGAAGUGCUCAGUCUUGGACUCACGAUUGGUGUUGUCACCGCUUUGUAUGACAACACCGCAAAGUAUGAGCAAUUCCUCAUCAACUCAUCUUAG